AUGGCUAGCGGCGACCACUCGCACGACCACAGCCAGGCAGCCAAGGACCAUGGGCACACCCACGAUGUGUUGGACCACCCGGGGCGGUAUGACGAGCGGCCGCCGUACAACCGCACGGGGCGGGACUGGGGUGAGCGGGCGUUCACGGUGGGCAUCGGCGGGCCGGUGGGCAGCGGCAAGACGGCGCUGAUGCUGCAGCUGUGCCGGGCUUUGCGCGACAAGUACAAUGUGGCAUGCGUGACCAACGACAUCUUCACACGGGAGGAUGCCGAGUUCCUGACCAAGAACGGCGCGCUGGCGGCCGAGCGCAUCGUGGCUGUGGAGACCGGCGGGUGCCCGCACGCGGCGGUGCGUGAGGACAUCACGGCCAAUCUGCAUGCGCUGGAGACGCUGCAGGCGCGGUUCGGCACCGAGCUGCUGCUGAUCGAGUCGGGCGGCGACAACCUGGCGGCCAACUUUAGCCGCGAGCUGGCCGACUACACCAUCUAUGUCAUUGAUGUUAGCGGCGGCGACAAGGUGCCACGCAAGGGCGGGCCGGGCAUCACGCAGAGCGACCUGCUGGUGAUCAACAAGACUGAUCUGGCUGAGGCGGUGGGCGCCGACCUGGGCGUCAUGCAGCGUGACGCUGACCACAUCCGCGACGGCGGCCCAGUCACCAUGGCGGUGGUCAAGCACGGCAAGAACGUCGAUGAGAUUGUCCAGCACGUUCUGGGGUCGUGGCAGGACUGCGUUCCUGGUGCCAAAAUCAAGGCGUAA